UCUUCUCCUAUAUUUAGGACUUGUUUCUCCAUGCUCUCCACAUAUUAUCGUUCCUGAUCAUCUUCACUACAUCUACUUUUUGAUUCUCGGUUGCUUUCUCUUCUAACGUCCCACCCUCAACCAUGGCUUCUCCUCAGAAAAUCCGUACUACCAUCACGGAUCUGCUCAAGAUCCAACACCCUAUCCUGCUGGCAGGUAUGAACGUGGCCGCCGGUCCUAAGUUGGCCGCAGCGGUCACCAACGCCGGUGGCCUCGGUGUCAUCGGUGGUGUUGGCUACACUCCCGACAUGCUUCGUGAACAGAUUGCAGAGCUCAAGAGCUACUUGAACGACAAGAAUGCGCCUUUCGGUGUCGACCUUUUGCUUCCGCAGGUCGGAGGAAGUGCACGAAAGACCAACUACGACUACACCAAGGGAAAGCUUGACGAGCUUGUGGAUAUCAUCAUUGAGAGCGGUGCUCGCUUAUUCGUUUCGGCCGUCGGUGUCCCUCCCAAGCAUGUCGUGGAGAAGCUCCACGGUGCUGGCAUCCUGUGCAUGAACAUGAUCGGACACCCCAAGCACGUUCAGAAGGCUCUUGAUGUUGGUGUAGAUAUCAUCUGCGCCCAGGGUGGUGAAGGUGGUGGUCACACUGGUGAUGUUCCGACUACCGUCCUCAUCCCUACCGUUGCCAAGCUGUGUCAAGGCAAGAAGAGCCCCUUGACUGGUCAGCCCGUGCAGGUCGUCGCCGCAGGUGGUUUGUUCAACGGUAACUCGGUUGCCGCUGCUCUUAUGCUUGGUGCCUCUGCUGUCUGGAUCGGAGCCGUUCGCACUGCCGGAUUCGAGGACAAUGUCCGCACCAUUAUCUUCACUGGUCGUCCCCUUCGUGUUCGCAACAACGCCUACAUCAAGAACUGGGAAGAGAACCGCCAGGAGGAGAUCAAGCAAUUGACCUCCAAGGGUAUCAUCCCUGUCGAGCACGACAUGGAGAACCUGCCCGAUGACGUUGACGACGACACCCUGGACAACGCCCGUCCCUUCCUGAUGGGCAAGGUUGCUGCUGUUGUCAACGAGAAGAAGUCUGCCAAGGCUAUUGUUGAUGAGCUUGUUAAUGAUGCCUCUGAUCUGCUGCAGAAGGGCCACAAGAUGCUUGCUAAACUGUAAAUAAUUUCAUUCUUAAUGGCGCACUCCGGGUAUGAGGAUGGUGUAUAUACAUGUUGAUUUUCAUGACCAUUUAUAC